AUGAGGAACGGGUAUGUUCACCAAUUUCACCAAGCUCUGCAAAGGACUUGCUCUGGUGCUUGUGGUGGGGCACAUCGUGGUUCAGUUCAUUCCCGCCACCGUCCCAUACCUUGCUCUGAUUCCGGCGAGGUUGUCUUCAGCACAGUUUCUCUCCUCUUUAUGGGAAAGUUCCUGGAACCUGUCUGGGGUUCCAAGGAGUUCCUUAAGUUCAUCUUUGUGGUGAACUUUCUUACAUAUCUCUGCGUUUUCGUUACAGCCAUUGCUUUAUACUACAUAACGAGGCUCGAGAUCUACCUAUACUUACAGAGGAGGCCAGAAACAAAGCUCAGAGGUGAUCCGAGUGAUGACUUUGCCUUCUCUACUUUCUUUCCUGAACUUCUCAGAGAAAGAGGAGCAAGGGCUCUAGAGGAGAGGCUUGCAACGGAAAGGUUGGUUCCUCCAAGGAACAAAGAUGAGUCGCAGAGUGAUGCUUUGGAUAGCGUUUAAAGUGGAACAUUGCAACUAGCUUUUUGAAGAUGCUGUGUGGGUUCUUGUUUGUUUCAGGUGGACAGUUUUAAUUUUUUUUUACAAAAUUGACUUUAAUACAGAAUCAACCAGUAACUCCGUAAAUUCCAUGGACAGCUCGAAAAAGUAGUGCAUUUUCUUGGAAAAAACCACUUAGAAACAAUUUUCUUGGGCGAGAGAGAAUAUAUAUAGAAAUUUAUUAUUAUACACAUAUUUCACUUCUCCAAA